AGCAGGAUGAAGCUUUUCACAGGCAUCAUUUUUUGCUCUCUGAUCCUGUGUGUCAGCAGCCACGGAUGGCUUGAUUUCGUCAGAGAGGCUGCUCUAGGAGCUGGGGAUAUGUUUAGAGCUUACAAGGACAUGAGAGAAGCCAAUUACAUAGGUGCAGACAAAUACUUCCACGCUCGAGGGAACUACGAUGCUGCACAAAGGGGACCUGGGGGCGCCUGGGCUGCGAGAGUGAUCAGCGAUGCCAGAGAGAAUUCUCAGAGAGUCACAGACCUUUUUAAGUAUGGAGACAGUGGCCAUGGAGCAGAGGACUCGAGGGCUGACCAGGCUGCUAAUGAAUGGGGGCGAAGCGGCAAAGACCCCAAUCACUUCAGACCUGAUGGGCUGCCUGACAAGUACUGA